AUGUCCCACAACAGAAGGUCUCGUCAUGAAGAAAAGCAGCGUCGUAAUGUCGAAUUCCGAAACGAGAUGAAAAACCAACUUAAGCAAUUAUUUUCUACAUUAUCGGUAGGAACGACGACACAAUAUAAUAAUGAUGUUUCUGGUCAUCCAAGUAAUUCAAAUGUCCCUAAUAUUAAUUAUAACAACACACAAACAAUUCAAAUGUCACCUGAAAGAGUUGAACAAUGUGUUUUGACUCUGAGAUCCAUAUUUCCCGAUUGCGAACCAGAAUUCAUUCGAGAUUGUCUUGAAAACGAAACGAAUGAUCAUUUACACAAUGUAGCCGAAAGGUUAUUAACAACACCAUAUCCUAAAGUAAUUCCAGAAACACCUUUAACGCCUUAUACUACACCGACACACCUAGAACUUGACGAAUUCCUUUUCGAUGAUGCGCCACCAUCAUAUGAGGAAUCAUUAGAACAACAAUCCCCACCUUUGCCUGUACGCCAUCAAAGAAACUCACCAUUAAUUGCACGAUCACAAGAAUCACAAGCACAACCUUCACGUGACACAACGAAUCCAACUUGCGCCGUUGUUAAAACUUUCCUCUCAAUUUUCAAGCAAUCUACAAUUUAA